AUGUAUGUAGGGAAUUCUGCGGACGAUUCGAAUAUAUAUCAAGAAAUUGUCAUUUUUGGAGUUUUAUUAGCCGUUCUGAUAAUAAUUUUGAUCUACGCCAUCGUGCGACAUAUCAAAAUGUACCUCAAGUCGUUCCACUUUCAAACGAGAAACAAAUUUCCUCAACUACCAUUCUGGCUGAAAUUAGGAAAUCUUCAACGAUACAGAGAAUUCGAGCAUCCGAAAUUUCAAAUCUAUCAAAAGCACUACGCAAAAAAGACAUGGGUGAACAGUACGGGACAAGUCAAGGAGAAGGAGAAAUUGGUGAUUUUGAUGAUGAGAAAAGUGUUGACUGACGUCUUCGGGAUUACUGUAGAUGCACGAACACUUCCUGAUUCGACAUGCGUCAUUUCGAUUCCGAUGAGAAAUUUCAAGUGUUCGACUGCAAGGCCAGAAGUUUUUAUUUCAAAAAACGACGAAGUUUCAAUGACCAGAACAUUUGAAUAUCAAAUGAUUGGAGAUUAUAGGAUUCAGGUGACAUAUUAUAAAGUCAGAGGAAUCGAGUAUGUCGCUGGAGUUUGUAUUUACAUUGAGAAUCCUUAUCAAUCAAUAAUUCACUAUCGGGAAUCGAUUAUAAAAAAGUUGCUGAAUGGAAUCGAGUACUGGUCGACUGUGAAUGUUCGAGAAGAAUCACUGGCGAUUAAGAUGAUGAGUGAUAAUCAGAUUCUGAUGACCAGAAGUGUGUACGGAGAGAUCAAAUAUUGGAAACAUCUUGGAGAUCAAAAGAAAUUCCAACAGAUCGAAAUGGUUAAUGCAGAAAUGAUCCGCCCUGAAGUUCAAUCGGAAACGUUUUCUGUAAAAAUGUGUCAAUUCAAAAAAUCGAUUGUUAUGAUUGAAAGAAGAAAAGGGGAAGUUGUACAUGCUGAAUGGGAUCCCGCUACCAAAAAUCUGACAUUCUCGAAAUGCGAAAGUUGCAGUCAACCAGAUGAUGCUCCGCCUCCUUCCUAUCUCACAGCUCAAAACAGUCAAAAAUGGCUGCCAAGAGACGAUGAUGUCCAAGACUUUUUGUCUACCAUGGCUGGGUCAGCUGUAAUGUGUUUUUUCGUAUUUUGUAUUAUAAUAAUCAUUCUCCGCUACGUCCAACGGUACUUCAAAUCCAAACAAUUCAAAAAACGAACUUCAACACCACGAGUCCCUCAUUGGCUCGAAGGAAACUUGUGUGGACCUAAACUCAAAAUUUGGGAUUUCACUGCGAUUCCACCAUGGAGAAUCUAUACGAAAGACUACUGUAUCCAAACAACAAACAAUCGAGGAGGAAAGACGGAGAAGGAUAAGGAUGUUGUUAAGAAGAUGAGAAAAUUAUUGGGAGAGUUGUACGAUAUCAAUUGUGAUUAUGAGCUCUUUCCACCGUCAACAUGUAUCGUUUCUUGUCCAAGAAAGAAUUUCCAAUGUGGUUCGAUGCCUGGAAUGUUUGUUCCAAUUCAUGGAGGACCUCCGGAUAGUCAUUUUGAAUUCCAAAUGAUUGGAGAUAACAGAAUCCAGGUGGCUUACUAUGUGGCCGGUGGAGUUAAAUACGUAGCUGGAUUCUGUGUCUACAUUGAAAAUCCGUAUCAGAGUAAAUAUGAAUACAAUGCAACGGUUAUCAGAAAUCUAAUGGCACAAGGACCCGAUUAUUGGUCGAAUUGGAAUUUGAAAGAAGAGAAAAUCGAUGUGGUCGAAAGAAAAGAAAUCGAUAGAUUUGAAUUAGUAACGAGAAAUCGAUAUGGAGUGGAAACGAACUGGAAACUGAUAGAAGAUAGAAAACGUUUUGAUCCGAUGGGCAGAUGUAAGAAUUCUGAAUUUGAUCAUAUGGAGGAAAGAGAUCCAAGAAGCCACAUUCCAUUGCUGACUGUUAGAACGUGUCAAACAAAUAAAGAAAUGGUGAUGAUUGAAGAAAAUCGGGGGAAAAUGCGACAUGCUUCCUGGAAUCCAGCGGCUAGAGCCAUGGAAUUUUCGGAUUGUGCCACAUGUAACCAGAUCAAAGAUGAUCCACCUCCGACGUAUGUUUCCAGUGUGGUUGGAAUCUGA